UCAGCAGCUCGGUGGCUGGCUGCCUGACCCUUCAGCGGAUGGACACAGGGAAGGGAAGCCUUAGUCGGGUGCAUCCUCCUCCCCUCAGUUACUGGACUCAACUCCCUACAUCCACAGCCUCCUUUAAAGCUGACUAUAAUUCAAAGACUAGCAAAGGGAGGACCACUCUGAGUUGAUCUGACACACAGUGGGAGCUGGCAGCAGGAAGUGAACUCCACGACUAAAGUGGCAAGCUCAGGAAAAUGCAAAAUUAGUGCCUUCCGUGGAAGAAGGGGAAAAGAAGUCAACUUCAAGCAGAUUGACCCGCAUCGUGAUCUCAUUUGGGAAGCUUAAGUGUCCAGUAAACAGCUAAUUUGGAAAAUACUCAAGUUCCAGUGGCUUAUCAUCCUGUUACUUUCUGCAAACCUGGCAAUCCCAUGUGGACUUCGGGUAGAAUGAGCAAUGCAAAGAGCUGGCUGGGACUUGGCAUGUCCUUGUGCUUCUGGGGACUGAUGGGCCUGACGACCACCGUGCUCUCGGGGACACCAACACCGCCCGGUGAAUUAGAAGUGCUGCCGUCAGACAGACCACAGUCACACUCACGGACAAAGAGGAGCUGGGUUUGGAACCAGUUUUUUGUUCUGGAAGAAUAUACGGGAACUGACCCUUUGUAUGUCGGCAAGCUUCAUUCAGACAUGGAUAGAGGGGACGGAUCCAUCAAAUACAUCCUCUCAGGAGAAGGCGCAGGCGUCGUGUUUACCAUUGACGACACCACAGGAGACAUCCACGCCAUUCAGAGGCUCGAUCGAGAGGAAAGGGCGCAGUACACUCUGAGGGCACAAGCCCUGGACAGGCGGACAGGCAGGCCGAUGGAGCCGGAGUCGGAAUUCAUCAUCAAGAUCCAAGACAUCAACGACAAUGAGCCCAGGUUCCUGGAUGGCCCUUACGUCGCCACAGUGCCAGAAAUGUCGCCAGUGGGGACCUCUGUUAUCCAGGUGACAGCCACAGAUGCCGACGAUCCAACCUACGGCAGCAGUGCCCGGGUUGUAUACAGCAUUCUCCAGGGCCAGCCAUAUUUCUCUGUGGAUUCCAAAACAGGUGUUAUUAGGACGGCACUCAUGAACAUGGACCGAGAAGCCAAAGAGUACUAUGAAGUGAUUAUCCAAGCCAAGGACAUGGGAGGGCAGCUUGGAGGAUUAGCUGGGACCACAACGGUCAACAUCACCCUCUCGGACGUCAACGAUAACCCACCCCGCUUUCCCCAGAUAGGAAUUAACACUUUGGAAAAUGGUUCAUUAGGAAGAAUGAAAAGAUUGGAAAGCAAGGGACUUCCUUCCUACCACUCUGAAGAACACUACCAGAUGAGCGUGCUGGAAUCGGCCCCGGUGAGCUCCACCGUGGGCAGGGUGUUUGCCAAGGACUUGGACGAGGGAACCAACGCAGAGAUGAAGUACACCAUCGUGGACGGGGAUGGUGCAGAUGCCUUUGACAUCAACACAGAUCCCAAUUUCCAAGUCGGCAUCAUAACUGUGAAGAAGCCUUUGAGUUUUGAAAGCAAGAAAAGCUACACCUUAAAAGUGGAAGGAGCCAAUCCACACCUAGAGGCGCGUUUUCUGAACCUGGGCCCGUUUCAGGACACAACAACAGUGCACAUCAGUGUGGAGGAUGUGGAUGAGCCCCCUGUAUUUGAACCUGGCUUUUAUUUUGUGGAGGUUCCUGAGGAUGUGGCAAUUGGAACGACCAUACAGAUCAUUUCUGCCAAGGAUCCAGAUGUGACCAACAACUCAAUCAGAUACUCCAUUGACAGAAGCAGUGACCCUGGAAGAUUCUUCUAUGUUGACAUUACAACAGGUGCCCUGAUGACUGCAAGACCUCUUGACCGGGAAGAGUUUUCUUGGCAUAAUAUCACUGUCCUUGCUAUGGAAAUGAACAACCCUUCCCAGGUUGGAAGUGUUUCUGUCACAAUCAAAGUCUUAGAUGUGAAUGACAAUGCUCCAGAAUUCCCCAGAUUCUAUGAAGCUUUUGUCUGUGAGAAUGCCAAAGCAGGGCAGCUGAUCCAGACAGUGAGUGCAGUGGACCAAGAUGACCCGCGCAGCGGUCAGCACUUCUACUACAGCCUGGCUCCCGAGGCUGCCAGCAACCCCAACUUCACCGUAAGGGACAACCAAGAUAACACUGCCCGGAUUCUAACCAGGAAGGCUGGCUUCCGGCAGCAGGAGCAGAGCGUCUUUUACCUGCCCAUCCUGAUAUCGGACAACGGUCAGCCAGUGCUGAGCAGCACGGGCACACUGACCAUCCAGGUGUGCAGCUGUGACGACGGCGGCCACGUCCUGUCCUGCAGCCCUGAGGCCUACCUGCUCCCGGUCAGCCUGAGCCGGGGCGCCCUCAUCGCCAUCCUGGCCUGCGUCUUUGUCCUUUUAGUGCUCGUGCUGCUCAUUCUGUCCAUGAGGCGGCACCGGAAACAGCCGUACAUCAUCGACGACGAGGAGAACAUUCACGAGAACAUCGUCCGCUACGACGACGAGGGCGGCGGCGAGGAGGACACCGAGGCCUUUGACAUCGCGGCCAUGUGGAACCCCCGCGAGGCGCAGGCGGGAGGCGCCCCGAAGACGCGGCAGGACAUGCUGCCCGAGAUUGAAAGCCUCUCCCGCUACGUGCCUCAAACGUGCGCCGUCAGCAGUACCGUCCACAGCUACGUGCUAGCCAAGCUGUAUGAGGCCGACAUGGACCUGUGGGCGCCGCCCUUCGACUCCCUGCAGACGUACAUGUUUGAGGGAGACGGCUCGGUGGCCGGAUCGCUGAGCUCCCUGCAGUCGGCCACGUCAGACUCAGAGCAGAGCUUCGACUUCCUGACGGACUGGGGGCCCCGCUUCCGGAAGCUGGCCGAGCUCUACGGGGCAUCGGAGGGGCCUGCGCCCCUGUGGUGACGGAAGCCGGGUGGCAGGCGUGCGUCCAAACACAGACGUCCUGGGCGCAGGCUUCGCGGACGAGGCGCAGCCAAUCACGUGAGCAAUACCGCGCUGGAGAGCGAGGAGGGGCAGGGCGGAUGCAGAGAGCUCCCACUGGAUCAGCUUUACUUGGUUAGACUAUGGUAGGUAAGAAAAAAGAAAACACAGGAAGAGCGGGCAGAAACUCCAAUUACCUCUUUUUCUUUUUAAUGUUUGUGACACCGUAUUCAAUGGCUUGGGAUCCAAGGUUAAUUUAUGGCAAGUUUGGCCUUUUUCUUUGCCAUUCACCAAGUCCUUGGUCACUUUACCAUCGCAAAGAGGCGUGGUCUUAAGUACGGGCGUGGCGAUUGACAGUUCGACUCACAUCUUUAAUGUUUGUUUAAUCUUGCUUUAUUUUACAUUUAGUAAGAGUUUUCCUGGCCCAUCAAGUCACACAAACCAACCCACACACACAAAAAAAACUAUGAAAAUGUGUUAACUCGGGGAGAUUAACCUACUUGUUCUGGGCUGGAUGGCGUUUGUUUUAACCCUUUUGAGACGAGGUUAAGGCGAACAGGCCUUGCAUGGGGGAUGGGUGGGGAAUGGGAGAAAGAAGAGGCAUUGACUGUGCCCAAGUUUAAUGGCCGAACCAAGAGUUGGCGUUACAACGAAUCCAGCUCCGUCAAGUUAGAGUGCGCCACACCUCUCAGCUCUUACUGUGCCCCUGGAAAACUGUUCAGAACGAAACCAGAAAAUCCGCCUCUUCUGCACUGUAGAUGUCUCUUCCAUGUGCCAAAUGUGAAGAUUAGAUGCUACAAAUGAAAGCCAAAUAAAAAGAAGUAUCUGAUAAAAGCAUGGGUUAGAGGGCUUUCCUAAUCUGUGUGAGGUCAAUCCAAGGGAUGUUUACACACUGUAGAUAACCUACUUGAACAAAAAUCAGUAUUAUAGAGAAUAAAUGGAUGUAAGAAAAUUACAUGUAUAAGUUUUGUAUAUUUGUUAAUAAUUUUGGUAAUAAAUAUGUACUGCAUCUCAGUACCUUAGCACUUCUUUUAAUAAAAGUUAAAUAGAAGGGAAAGUCUAUUGCAAAUUUGUUCAAUUGCCAAGCAGGUAAAAGAUGGCUUUGUGGUCCUGACUUAGCCUCAGGUUCUUGGGGUCGGGUUGAUUGCCAACACAAAGGCACAGCAAAGCAGUAUGAGGCUGUACGUUCUGUGUCAUUCACUGAACAGGUGAACGUCACCGUUCAAACUGUUAAGCCUUUCCUGAACACUCUUCAUUCCCCCACCCCUGAAAAGAGCAAAGGAUGGUUUGGUAAAAACACAACAGUGAAUUUCACCCAAGUUUUUCAUUUUGUAAGAGUGUUUAACACACAGCCACCACGGAGGAGGGCACUGUGCUUUCACGUCUGUUCUACUGGCAAAUCAAGUAUGUACAAUUAUGUACCAAAUAUGUACAGAUCAAGGCCGAAUGAGCUCAGAAGGCUGGGACUGUUAUUUUACUCACCUUCCCUUUCCCCACAGUAUCUAACAUAGUCAUUUGCAUACAGUAGGUGCUUAAGUGCGUGAUGGAUACAUGAAGGAGAUCCCUUUCUUUGGCAUCCUGUUACUAAAGGAUGUUUUACACAAUUGUCCUCACACUUGAGGACGAAUUGUGAACAAAAUAGUUUUCUGCAUGACAUGUUAUAGCAGUGGCUUUCCAGUAUAAUGUGUAGACUCACCUGGAACACCUGUUGAAACAAUAGCUUGUUGGACCUACCCACUCCCCCAGAGUUUCUAAUUCAAUUGAUCUGAAGCAAUUUGCAUUUCCAACAAAUUUCUGAGUGGGUGAGACUGAUGGUGCUAGUCCAGGGAGGGCACUCUGAGAACUUGCCUGACCCCAACCCCCCAUCCAUAGAGUGGUGGUGUGAAUCUCUUUUCCAGUAUUAAAGGACAGUUUGGCAGAAACAUGUUGAGAAGGCAGCGAGGGGUGGGGGCUAGAAGGAUGUGCUUUAUGCUUUCUUAUGUGUUAGACCAAGAGCUAGGCAAACUCUUCAGCCUCAGCCUACUAAACCCUUUCCUCCCAAGAAAGUUAGCUCUCACACAUAUUCUAUGAGGGGCAGGUGUGAUGUAAAAAUAAAUAAACUUAGCAAAGAAAAAAGAAUGAACUUUUAGUCCAAACUAGGCUCUCUAACACACCAGUUAUUUGAAUGUGGGCAGGUUAACCCCUACAGCAUUCUUCCUGGCCAUCGCUAGCCCUGAGGAUUAUUUUGUGACUAUUUCACCUUGUGUGGCAUGUGUUUAAAACUGGGAACCGCUGUUAUCCUAACCACAGGAGGUUACCAUGCCCCACAUCCUGCAAAUGUGGUACCCAUGGUACUAGGCAUGAAGUGACUAAACAGAAACUCCUGGAGCUCCUUGUCUCUGGAAGGAUGUUUAAUGGUGUGAUACAGGAAGUGCGAGAGAAGCACAGCAGGAGAUCCAUUUCCACUCACACACCAAAUGAAAGGGACUCUUCCCUCCAAAGAGUUUUAAUAUUCCUUUUUUCACUGACACUGUUUACCACAAAAUGUGGUCCCUCUGAAAACAUUAUCACCACCAGACAGAAUACAGAAGUAUGAUCAGAGAAGAUGAGAAUGCUGUAAAAUCAUUCAGCCAUUUCUUUGUUAGCAGUUAAGGCAGCUAGCCUGUAAUUUACAUGUUGGAGAGAAACAGAAGCACCUGUAGCAAUCAAAUUGAUAAGACUGUCUGAAACUGUAUUCUGGAAGAAGAACAUGAGCAAAGAUAAUAAUUAGCAAUGAAUUUUCUGAAUCAAAAAAGUAGACUAUCCCAGCCUCGCAGAGAGCAAAGACAAAGGUGGAGUGUUUCACAGAAGAAAGAAUCUAUAGAUCCUGAAAACAAAAUUCAGACCAGCGAAAAUCAGUGCUGGCACAUUGAUUAUGGGUUAUUACCAGUUCACUAGUGAUUGGAACUAGACCUUGAUGUCAGAACUCACAGUAUAUUCUUUUUAGUGGUGGGACUACAUGAACAUUUGUAAGUAUACCUUAAAGUAAUUCUUUUUGCAGAUGAAUUCAUUCUCAAAUCCAUUUGUCAUCUCAAUUAUAGAGUCAAAGAACUUUCAAGGUAUUUUUAUGUUAAGUAUCUUGAUUUAGGAGGCUUCUGCUAUAUUCUAAGGGUCACGAUUCUGAUAGACUGGACAAAACUAGAUCAAGGAAUCCUCUUUUCAAAAUGAUCUACUGAUGUGGACAUAUCUAUUUCUUGUGAUUCAUGUUGUGCAAAACACAAAAGUACUAAUUUAUAGUAUGUGUGGUAAACUACAACAUUAACCCAAAACACAGUUUUCUUAAAUCCUUCUCCCAGGGACAGGAAGCUAACCUCCACAUGUCUGGCCACAUUCUUAGUUUUGUAAGGAUUGUUCAUGGCUGAUGAGGGGGUUUCUUCCACUCCAAUGCUUUAGCUUCUGUGGUUUCUGUGUACCUGUGAUGACAUGGGCUACUUCCCAUACCAGAAAGCUUUACACCACUUCUCUGAAAGCCAGUAAAACUACCUAUGAAUCUUUACUAAUUUUUCAGGAGGGCUGAAUCCUAGUUUUCCUUUUAUUAUUUCCAAUUCUUCCCCUUCCUUCUCACCUGUUUGGUUAUCAUUGCUGAAUGAAUAGACACUCCAGACUUAGUGAUAUAAAAGGACAACGACUUUGCUCAGAGACUCUCGGGGUUAGAUUCCAGAAAGGAAAUAUCAAUGACACCUCCUAUGUGUCAGAACCUUAGUUGGGGUAAUUUAUCAAAGGUUUGCUCACCUAUAUAUCUAGAAGUUGGUGCUGGCUAUUAAAUAAGACCUCAGAUGGAGCUGUCAGCAAGGCCUCCACACGGCUGCUUGGGCCCCCUCCCUUCAUGGGAGCUGGGUUCAAAGCGUAAACAUAGUAAGAAAACCAGGCAGGAGCUGAAUCACCUUUUAUGACUUCAGAAGUCACACAGCAUUACUUCCACUGUUGUCACAAGCCUCCCAUAGUGAAGAUGAGGAAACUUAGACUUCCCCUCUUAAUGGGAAGAGUGUCAGAGCUACAUUGUAAGAAGAAAUAAUGUGACCACUGCUGAAAAAUUGGCCACAUCAGCUUUCCUUUUCUUCUGUGCUGCCUCCUCCCAAUAUUCCAGGAUUCCCUUUGGGUUCCAUUCACCAUUUCCUUUCUCUCUUCCAUUCCUCCUCUUCUCUGUAGAAUACAUUCUUGUUCUUUAGUUAUAUUAUUCUUUUCUGAAAUUCAGUGUAUCCCUACCAUAUAGUACUUUCAGAAGUAAAUGAGUAUUACAUGAGAACACCUAAUAUCUAACACAUACCAGGCAUAUAUUUUUAUUGAGCACAACAUACAAGAAACCAAACCUAUUUAAAGAAUACAAUUUAAUAAGUUUCAACAUAUGUGUAUACCCAUGAAGCCUACACCACAAUCAAGAUAGUGAAUAUGUCACCCCCAAGUUUUCUUGUACCCCUUUGUAAUACCUCCUUUCCAUCCUUGCCUGCCCCCCGCCACCAACUCUAAGCAACCACUGAUGCACUUUCUAUAGAUUCGUUUGCAUUUUCUAGAGUUUUAUAUAAAUGGAAUCAUGCAGUAUGUACCUUUUUUGUGGGGGGUAGGGGAUAUCUGGCUUCCUUCUUUCAGCGUUAUUUUGAGAUUCACCCAUGUCAUUGUGUGUAUCAACAGUUCAUUGCUUUGUUGCCAAGUUGUAUUCUAUUGCACAGACAUAUCACACGUCACACCUCAUUUAUUCAUUUACCUAUUGGUCUUCUCCGGCUGCUGUGACAAAACACCAUGGACUGGGUAGCUUAACCAACAGAAACGUACCUUCUCACAGUUCUGGAGGUUGAAGUACAAGAUCGGGGUGCCGGCAUGGAUGGUCCUGAUGAGGCCUCUCCUCCCGGUUCACAGAGUGCUGCCGCCUCGUUGUGUCCUCACGUAGAGGGGAGAGCAAGUGAGCUCUCUGGUGUCUCUUCCUAUCAGGAUACUAAUCCUGUCAGAUUAGCGCCCCGCUCUAAUGACCUCAACUUAACCUUUAUUACCUCCUCACUCCAAACAUAGCCACAUUAAGGGUUCGGGCUUCAACAUAUGGAU